CAGGCUCUCCACUCACAUUCUUCAAAAGAAGGGAAGGCAAGAUGAAGAGCUCUUUGUUGCUGUGUGGUGCCUUGGCCGUCUCCUUGGGGGUCAUCCUUGUGGCAGGUUAUCCACUGAGCCCCAAAGAUGAGGAGUACGUGCUGGUCAAUAAUAAGUGUCAGUGUGUAACAGUGACCUCCAAGUUUGUCCCCUCCAAAGAAAAUCCUGAUGAAGAAAUCCUGGUGAGAAACAUCCGCAUCAUAGUCCCCCUGCAGGCUCGGGAGAACAUCUCCGACCCCUUGUCCCCACUCAGGACCACUUUUGUCUAUCGCAUGAGUGAUCUCUGCAGAAACUGCGAACCCGCAGAAGUUGAGCUGGGUGGGGUGAUCCACCAGGUGCAGCAGGGCAACUCGUGCGAGGAGCCGCAGACGUGCUACACCUACGACAGGAACCAGUGCUACACGUCCCCCGUGCCGCUGCUGUACCACGGCCAGGUGCAGCACGCCCCGGCCGCGCUCACUCCCGCCUCCUGCUUCGCCGAGUAGCUGGGCUCUGCUGGGAGCAGCAUCCCUGUUCCUAUCCACAGGUGUUAGAGCACCUGGAUGCCAGCACCCCCAGUGACCCAACCUGUCUCUGCCCAUCUGCAGCCUCCCACCCGUGCCAUCUCCCAGGAGCAGCUCCUGGCUGUCCAUGUCCCUUCUGGUGUCCCUGGCAGGUACCUGCAAUGCCAUGCUGUGUCUCAGAGCACAGAGACCAGAUCCCCAGCAGAUCUAAGGCAGUCCCUCCCCUGCAGUCCAGCAGACUACCCUGAUUUCCAGCCCUGGGGAAGCUGUCCUUUGCAGUCUCCUGCGUGUGUCCCCCCAGCAGGAGUGUCUGUGUCCUUCCCUCCCUGAGCAAUCUGAAGUGACCUCUGUACAACCUUUGAUGAUAUUAGCAGCAUUUAUGCCCUUACAAGAGAGUUGUUCCAGCACUUGGACAUCUGCAAGCUUCCAGCAAGUUCUGAGAUACAGAGAUCAAAAGAUGCCACUACCCUGAAGUGUUUUGCAAAGUUGCCAAGCCCUCAGCUGUGCCAGGAAUACUCAGCUCUUCUGGGAGAUGUUCACUUCCCCUACUGCUUCACUGAUACUGCUGCCUUCUUCCACCCCUGCUCCUGGUUCAAGUGGUGAAAAGAAAAAAUCAAAUUGGCUCAAAUUUGUUUGCUUGUUCCUCACCCUGCAUUUAAAGCCUAAAAAAUUCUAUGAACACAAUAUAAACUGCUAGAGCAGGACCCUAGUUCAGAACUGGAAUAAUGAAACAGCAAAAACCUUGUUCCCACAAUUGUAGUUUUGUUAGUGAAACAUUCAAUAAACUUUUUUUCUGCAUCA